GACGGGUCCAUCUUCGUGUCCAUCUCGAGUUUCCGGGACGAGGUCUGCCCCGACACGCUCGACAACCUCUUCGCGACGGCCGCGCGGCCGGACCUCGCGUUCGUGGGGCUGGUGCAGCAGAACUGCGACGCGGGGCAGCACGCGGCGUACGGCUGCAAGACGGCGGUCAUGCCCGAGGACAUGAAGGUCCACGAGAUGGGGCCCGACGUCGACUGUUUAGAAAAUUACUGCGCGCGGCCGACGGCCUACGGUCCCGCGUGCGGCGGCGGCCAGGUCCGCGUCGUCAAGUUCAACGAGUCCGAGACCUUCGGCCCGGUGUUCGGCCGCUACCUCGGGUCGCUGCUCUGGCAGGGCGAGACCUACUACAUGCAGGUCGACGCGCACACGACCUUCGCCAGGGGCUGGGACGACAUGAUCAAGGAGGACUACGGCCUCGCGCCCGCGAAAAAGCCCAUCUUCAGCCACUACCCGCCGUCGGGCCCCCAGAAGCCCGAGCUCCCGCGCUCCGGCAAGCACGCCUGGGAGGGCGCCGUCGGGCCCUGCAUGUGCGACGCGUCCUUCGCCGAGUACAACAUCGUCCGCCUCGGGGCGAUGCAGCGCUACCCCAUCAAGGAGACGUCGCCCGAGGGCUGCACCGUGGGGCCGCGGCAGCCCGACUGCCGCAAGGUGCCGCGCUUCGCGCCCUACAUCGGCGCGGGCUUCGUCUUCGCGUCCGCGAAAUUCGUCCAGGAGGUGCCCUUCGACCCCUACCUGCCCUUCGUGUUCAUGGGCGAGGAGCUCGACUUCUCCGCGCGGGCCUGGACGUCGGGCUGGGACAUCUUCUGCCCGCCGCGGUCCGUCGUCGCCCACGCCUACCUGCGGCCCCAGAAGCCCAAGUUCUGGGGCGCGCUCCAGCGGUCCAUCGGCGCGGGCACGCACAACUCGCUCCAGCAGUUCGUGCUGCCGCGCGUCAAGCACAUGGUCGGCUACCCGGAGGACGCCGACGCGGCCUCGCUCAAGGCGGCGACGCUCGUGGGCCACCUCGACGUCUACGGCCUCGGCACCGCGCGGCCCAUCGCGGACUACGCGAAGUACGCGGACUUCGACUUCGCGGAGAAGCGCAAGUCGCACGUCGCCUGGUGCAUCAAGGGCGACCGCCCGCCGGGCUUCGAGCACCAGGCCGGGUCCUACGCCGACCUAAGCCGGGCCUAG